AUGUCCUCGAAAAGCCCCAAACUGUCCAGACAACAGGUAAGUAGAUGACAUCUUGAGAGAAAUUAUCCCGAGACGACAACAUUAUCAUAAUAUUGCGUUGAGGUGGCUAACAUUGUUAACCCUCGACCAAUUCGCGCGUUUGUAAACUAAAGACGACGCAGACAACUAAGUUGUCGGACAUUUAUUAUUUUAGUACGUCGAAAAAUGCUUUUAUACUCGGUUAAGCUUCAUGCUUAUUUAUCUAGUGUCGUGGCAUUGAACGACACGUUUCAAACAUUACGUCAGAGACACACUCAAAUAUAGCGAAGAGAUUGCGAGAUUUCAUUCUUAAAUGUAGCGUUUACAUAUUUGAUUUGGCGAGCAAACAAUCGACACAUACUGUAAGUGUGUUUGACAGCUUGUCGGAAAAUGCGUAUGUUAUAACUUUUACCGUGAUUCGCUUUAUUUCUAACGGGAAAGAGUGGUCUGUCUUCCUGAAAAUAUUUUAGAACGUGUCAGUGUAACAUGAUCUUAGUAUCAUACCGAUAUUUAAUAGUUAAGCAUAUUUUAAUCGCAACUACUUUUAAUUUUAAAAGUAGACACAACUACUGUGCACAUUUCUUAAAUGUAAUCUGUUAGGAUAACCCUUUUGUUGCUGUUUUUUUUUAAAUAUACCAUCACUAAUUAAAAUUCUAGGUUCAAUACAAAAAAGUUUUAAUUUAUCUCUCUUUCGUGUAUGUCCUGUAAUAUGUUCCGUUUUCCUAUAUUGCUUCAUGGCUUUAAUACAUACGCCGAGUAGACGUGGUCUGCAGCCUGCACUUUUACACUGAGCAAAAAUAUUUCCGACCAAAUCAGGGGCACCCAACGACAAUUUUCGGAAAAUUAUCUGUUCGGAAGACGAUUUGAGGUCUAGAAUUUUCGGAUCAUUUUCUGACAAAUUUCUUGCUUGCCUGCCUCUCCUAGGAUUUUCGAACUUCAAAAAAAUCGUAUAAUUGCCCAUUUUUAACAGAUUUUUACCCUAAAAAGGUCACCUAGAAUUUUCGGGAGCCUUUUUUCUGGCUGAAAUUUUCGAAAAGGUAAUUUUUGAUCCCUAUCAUUUUCUGAUCACCAUAAUUUCAGCUAGGAAAUCCGAACAGAUGAAAAAUUUUUAGGGGAUAAAAAUAAGCCUUUAUCUACCGUUUAAAUACUAAAGUACGCUCAACAAUGCUAUGUUUAUGUAGUUUUGAACUAUACUCUCGUUGGGUGCCCCCGCCAAAUGUUCGUCACUGUAAUUAUUGGAAAUCUGUAUUCUUUGUUCUGAAACUGAUCACUUAUUAUCAGAUUAUCCAUGAAUUGCAGCUUUGUUCUUUAACUGAUGUUUCGGUGAAAGUAAAUCAUUAUCAGUAAAACGCCUGUCACGUAAUAUUUCGUGACAAUCCAUGAACUCUCGUUUUAGUUUGGCCAUCUGUGGGUGCUUGUGUUGCUGAUUCGGCGAAAAAGUUCUUUUCUGGAUAGUUCAACGAAAAUAUUUUUAAGUAGCCGAGGAAAGGAAAAAACUAUUCCUAUCGUACUAACAUCAAGAAAUUCACAAUUCUUUACCAUUAGGACCAAAAAUCUGGAAUUGCCUUCCUGUAUCUAUAACAGUCUUGUCAAGCUUUCCUUUCUUUCAGAACAAAGUGCUAGAAUUUUUCUUAAAAUAGUUACUGAAUUAGCCUUGCCUUACUCCUUCGCAGCCCUUAUUUCUUAUCAUAUUGUGAUGUUGAGGUGGCCUCCCCUAUCAGCCUGGUGGUUUCUUGACUGAGGUAUCCUCUCCUAACACUAUGCUGUAGUCUGUAAAUUCGUUUAGUAAUACAAUCAAGACUAAUGAUGAUGGUGAUGAUGAAGGAGUCGGUUGGUGGCCCCUUACUUUGUAAAGCAUCGCCGGACAAAAGUCAAAACUCCCUUAGAAAAAUUUAGCCUGAUUAUUGAACAUCGUUAUUGAAGAUGAUGUAUUUAGAAUGCAUCCGACUAGAAACGAAGCGUGUUACAGUUUAACCUUGAUACGACGAAGGGCCAAGGGACUGGCAAUAUGUUAGCUAUAACGAGGUUUUGUUAUUUCGAGGUUCUUUUACAUAGAUUUUACUAUUACAGGGGUUUAAAAAAUAGUUCGUUAUACCCAGAACUAGCGUAACUUCGUUAAAUAGAGGUUUGUUAUAUCGAGUAAUUAUGUUCCACUGUAUUACUUUCGACACCAACCCAGAUGAAGACAACACCCAAUAGGAGGCCCAUUUGACCAGAUUUUGUGCCAGUCUCAGUAGCAUAGAGUACCAAGGAGUGUUACACCCUCCCCUACAGGGAAUGAAAGUUAAUCUAAAUGUCACCCCUCGGUGGUCUAGCCUGUUUAGAGACCCCCUCCCCCUAAAAAGGGGGCGUCUGUACACAGGCUGCUAACACUGGUCCUACUCUUUGCUUUUUUGUACACCUCAGCUGUAGGAGGCAUCAACGAAAGUUUCUACUCUUUGUAUUGUCUACUUAAAGAAAGGAAAUCAAUGGCAUUCGCCACUCUCUCUCCCCCAUAAAAACCCCUAUCUACCGCCCCCCCCCCAUGCGUAAGCAUUGUUUUCACUUUCACUUUUCUUGGGACGAUAUGCCACCAAAAAUGAGGAAAUUAUUUUGCACAAUUUGGGGAGGGGGGUGGUGAACAAGAUGUAUUACGCAUUAUGGGCAAUGUGAACAAGGCGGUUUGAACCUAGACCCCCAUGAAAUGAAGCGUUACGAUAAUUACUUAUUCAGAGCCAUAAAUAGAUCGUAGGUGUAACCUAUCUGCUUCUCUCUUACUACAAGAUGUUAACUGAGUUUGCCCACUUUUAGCUCGAAGGCAGUGUAAGCAUUUUAAAAGAUGAAAUUCGAAGGCUCCAUGAAGAGCUUCACCAAGUGAAAACAGAGUUGCAGCUCGAGCGAACGAGGGCGUUGGAUGUGACGUACGCUUUGCAAGAAAAGGAGCGGGAACUAGAGCAAUAUCAGUGUGAUUAUGACCAAGAGAUGAAGGAAGUUAUAUCGAAACUCACCCUUUUGGAGGCGGAUUUUCUUAAAGAGAAAAAGGAGAUCACAAGACUUAUGACAGCUAAGGACGCGACCAUCGAGUCGUUAAACAACGAGGUAUCCACGAAAAACAACCUUAUCAAAUCACUUCGCAGGAAAGUGGGAUCUUUGCAAUCGCAACCUGACAAAGACGACAAAUUGAUUAAGCUUGAAAAGAAAAUGGAAGCUCAAAAGCAAGAAAUCGACAAUCUUCGAAAUGCAAACGCACGCCUACUCGAAUCUUUGUCCCACGUCAGACUAAGUUAUCCAAACGCUCAUCACAAAGGAAGAUUUAGACGAGGCUCUUCGCCGGUUGCAUCGAAAGGUCAUGGAAAAAGCCCAGAGGUUUCAGAGUGGAAAGAAGAACUUUCCGCGUUCUUCUGAUCACUCUUAUUAAGCAUAUAAUUCCAACGUUCCGACAGGUCGUUACGUGUCUCAACUGUAAAGACCCAAAGGAGACUUAAAUAUCACAAUUAUAUUAGAAUAAUAAUAUAUGAAAGAAGAACUUACACAACUUCUAGCAAGCCCAUCAUUUUGAGAUAGCUAAACUUGUGAGAGUUCAGACGAAAGAUUUGGGUGGGUCUUCCAGUUUCCGUCGCGAUUCUUAAGUAGAGGGCUUCCUUGCAGGAUUAACAUUAAAAACUUAGUCAGUUGCUUUGGUUUCGAAAGUUUAAAAAGUGUUUAAAAAUAGGGAGCUUACUGAGUACGAAAGCAACCGCGCGGGGCCAAAUGACGUUACUUAAAAGUGAAUUUGCCCUUUUUUCAAUGCUAGUCUUUACACUAGAGCCUAAAUAAGCUAAGAAAUAUUUCAAGACAAGUAAAUUUUAAUUACUUCAAGUAAAAUAAAGCUUCACACACAACAGAUUCUUUUUUACUUCAGGUUAUUUUCCCACGCAACAAAAUUAAGAUUGAUUGACAUGUCUCGCCUUUCUCAAAGCUCAAGAAACCGCAAAACCGCAGGUCAGCUAAG